UUGCUUUUGUCUUUUCAUUUCUAACAUGUGUUAGAAAACAUGGCAGCGCCCAAGAGUGAAACGCAGAUUGUCCCUGCGAAAAAGACCACAGCGCGAGGACCACGGCGAGUAGCCAAUCAAAUCCCAGAUGAAAUCCUGCAGGACCCAGAGUUACAGGAGGCGAUCCGAGUCUUGCCUGCCAAUUACAACUUUGAGAUCCAUAAGACAGUGUGGCGGGUGAGAGAAGCAAAGGCCAAGCGAGUGGCUUUGCAGCUUCCAGAGGGCCUGCAGAUGUUUGCCUGUGUCAUUGCCGACAUCAUCGAGAGGUUCACAGAGGCAGACACUGUCGUGAUGGGGGAUGUGACGUACGGCGCCUGCUGCGUGGACGACUUCACCGCCCGAGCCCUGGGAGCCGAUUUCAUGGUGCACUACGGCCACAGUUGUCUCAUCCCCAUAGACGCCACAGCAGGAAUUAAGAUGCUGUACGUGUUUGUGGAUAUCCAGAUGGACAAUGCACACUUCCUGGACACGGUCAAGUUCAACUUCCCCGCUGGACACUCGCUGGCACUCGUCAGCACUAUUCAGUUUGUGGCAGCACUGCAGGCUGUGAGUGCAGCCCUGAGGCCAGAAUAUGAAGUGCUGGUGCCCCAGUGUCGACCCCUAUCACCGGGAGAAAUUUUGGGCUGCACCUCCCCGCGUCUGGACCGCCAUGUUAAUGCCAUCAUUUACCUGGGAGAUGGAAGGUUUCACCUGGAGUCGAUCAUGAUUGCAAACCCAGAUAUACCUGCCUACAGAUAUGACCCCUACAGUAAGGUGUUCUCCAGGGAGUACUAUGACCAUGAGGCCAUGCGUGCCUCCAGGCGCAAGGCUAUUGAGAUGGCUUCCUCGGCCCAGAGAUGGGGACUAAUCUUGGGCACGCUGGGCCGGCAAGGCAGCCCCAAAGUCCUGGAGCACCUGGAGUCUAGGCUCAAGUCAUUAGGCAGAUCCUUCACUCGAGUGCUUCUGUCUGAGAUUUUCCCCGGCAAGCUGGAUCUGAUGCCAGAUGUGGAUGCGUGGGUCCAGAUUGCUUGCCCACGUCUCUCUAUCGACUGGGGCACAGCCUUCUCCAAACCCCUGUUGUCUCCCUAUGAGGCUGCUGUGGCUUUGCAGCAGGCGGACUGGCAGGAAGUCUACCCCAUGGAUUUCUACUCCAAUCAGAGCCUGGGGCCAUGGACGCCCAACCACCCUGACAACCAACCAGCGCGGCCUACCCGCAAACAGACCCAGAAACAUGGCUCGAAGCCAGCCCUGCCUACCAAGCAGUGUGUGCAGAACCAGUGCGCCCCCUGUGGCUGUCAAGGGGAGUGAAGCAUCAUGGCCAGCACUUUCUCUGACUUGUCUCGUGCCUCUGCCUCUGCCUCUGUCACGGCCAACUGCAGGAGUAAGGUCAGACCAGAGAGGGAGAUUCGGUAUUUGUCCAGACAGUCCAUCAGGAGGCAUAGAUAAAGUGAGAAGGACCCUCAGUCUCAGCUCGUCCUGAAAUGGAUCACCAGCUGUAAAUAUCGCUCAGGCUCUCAGCAUAGCAGAUAAAACCAAAUGUAUAGCUCUUGUUCACUUUCUCCAGAUGUGUGUCAAACACAAAACAGAUGAUACAGACAGAAUUGCUUGUGUGUGCAUUUGUGUUCAUGUGUUUUGAAUUCCCAUGGAGAAACUUACAUAGACCAUAGCACUAAUGAAAGAGUUCAUCCUCUACAGAUGUUCGGGCCUUUCUUAAUGUGAGCAGGGCUUUUUUUUUUUUUUUUUUUUUUUUUUUUUUUUUGCAGUUGUUGGAAAGAGAGAGUGAGAUGACCUUGAGCAUGUUCUAUGGAAUUAAGUGUCUGCUAAUGUGGGUGGCUUUAGGCAAAUGCAAUCCACUUGUCCCUGGAUAAAGUACUGUUUUCUGUCAGCCACUUAAAAUUGCUUACAUUCAUGCAAUAUUUCAAAGACAAACAUGACUGCUGGUGGAAAAUCAAACAUACUUUGAUGUACUUGUUUUGAUGUACAUGACAUUGCACAAGAAUGUUCUUUCAGGGUGCUACUGAAAUGUAGAUAUUAAAAAAUGUAUGCCACUCGAAUUGUGUAUCUAUGAAUGACUAUGAAGGCGCACAACUCUAAUAAAGAUGAUAU